CCAUUUCAAUGGUGCAGCUUUCCCAGGCCCCUUUCCAUCGUCCAUCAUCACCUUCAGGCCGGUCGGAGGAAGGGGAGGAGAAGAGGAUGAAGGCGGCUAAGCAGCAGGUGACCCCGACUGGGGAGAGCCCGGCUCCCGCCAGCCCCCUGCAGUCCGCGCUGAGCACGGCGGCCUCUCCUUCCCAAGCGUAUGAGACCUACAUCGACAACGGGCUCAUCUGCCUCAAACACAAGAUCAGGAACAUCGAGAAAAAGAAGCUCAAACUAGAAGACUAUAAAGAUCGUCUGAAGAAGGGAGAAACCCUCAAUCAAGACCAAUUGGAGGCAGUAGAGAAAUAUGAUGAAGUAGUGCACAACCUGGAAUUUGCCAAGGAGCUUCAGAAGACUUUUUCGGGACUUAGCCAAGAUCUGCUGAAAGCACAGAAGAAGGCUCAGCGGAGAGAGAGUCUAUUGAAGCUUGAAGCAGAGAAGAAAAAGCUGCGUACAAUACUUCAAGUCCAGUAUGUGCUGCAGAACUUCACUCAAGAACAUGUUCAGAAAGAUUUCAAAGGUGGUGUGAAUGGUGCAAUAUACUUGCCUUCUAAAGAAUUAGACUACCUCAUAAGAUUUGCAAAACUGACGUGUCCAGAGAGAAAUGAGAACUUGCGUGUCGAAGACCAGAUGGAACAAUCAUCUCUUUACUUCUGGGACCUUCUAGAAGGAAGUGAGAAACCUGUGGUUGGAACAACAUAUAAACACAUGAAGGACCUGUUAUCCAAACUUCUAGACUCUGGCUACUUUGAAAGUAUUCCAACUCCUCGCACCACUAUGCCAGUUAAAGAAUUGGAAGAAGUAAAUAGAAAACCCGAGAAAACAAGACAGCUGUCAAAGGGAGAGUCUGCCAAAGAACCAGAAUCCAUUAUGGAGCUUAUGAAAUCUGAAAUACAGCCACAGGAGUUUCUCAACAGGCGUUAUUUGCCUGAAGCAGAAUACUCUGUCAAGAAGAAGCCAGAAGAGCCCAGAUCUUGGGAAGCCGAGUGUGCUAAAAAACAAGAACCUCCAAAGUCCUGGGAGAUGCUUGUUGAUAUUAAAGAGCAGGAGCAGAAACAAGAGACCUUAAAGCUUUGGGAAGCUCGUGCUAAAGAGGAGGAACAGAAGCGUCAGUCUGCAAAGUCCUGGGAGACCCGUGUGGAGGAGGAACAACAAAAGAAGCUGGAAGCUCCAAAGGCAUGGGUAGCACGUGUCCGAGAGGAGCAGGAGUCUCCCAAACCCUGGGUAGCAAAGGUCAGGGAAGAGCAGGACCUGAAGAAACAGGAAUCACCUAAGCCAUGGGUAACAAAAGUUAGGGAAGAGCAGGAGCAGAAAAAGCAGGAGUCCUCAAAACCUUGGGUAACCAAAGUUAAGGAAGAACCAGAAGAAAAGCAGGAAUCUCCAAAACCUUGGGUAACCCAAACUAGGGAGCAGCCAGAACAAAAGAAGCCAGACCCUAUGAAAACAUGGGAAGUGCCUGUUAGGGAAGAGCAGCAGCAAGUGUCAUCACCGCAGUUACAGAACCCUCCGAAGUCCUGGGCAGCUGCCAGUAUGGGGCCAAAGGAACAGAUGGGGCCAAAGAAGUUUGAUAUGGAACCCAAAGAAGUGCCUAAACCUGUACAUCAGCCAGCUGCAGAAUUUUGUUCUACUUCAACUCUUCCAAAAGAUCCAGUAUUGAGAAGGGAAAAACUUCAGGAUCUGAUGACUAAGAUACAAGGGACUUACAACUUCAUGCAAGAGUCCAUUCUGGAUUUUGAUAAAGCUUCACCAAGUGCCAUUGGUUCAUCCCAACCUCCUUCAGUUACUCCAGCAAGUAGUCCUGUAGCUUCAAAAGAGCAGAAACUGCCAAGUCAGAGUGAUUUUCUUCAACAGCCCCUUAAGGCUGCUGCUUCAUCCAUGGUGCUGCAUGGUUCAAACACUUCCCUGGCAUCUGCUGAUCAUGCUCUUUCUGGCUCUGAAACUGAAGACUUGGUGACACCACAGGCAACUAUUCCCCUCCCAAGUGAGCCACAGUCACCAUUGCCUACUUCAAGCACCCCUGUGCCAUCAGUGCCACCAGCACAAAGCUUUCAGUCUCCUUCAGCAAGCAGCAGUUCUGUCACAAUAACAACAGCUCCCUUUCAGGCUAUGCAGACUGUAUUUAAAGUGAACGCACCAUUGCCUCCACGUAAAGACCAGGAAGUUAAAGAGGAUUCUUUAUCAGCGGGAUAUAAUCAGAGUUUCUCCACAGCAAGUACACAGACUCCUCCUCAAUGCCAGUUGCAGUCUUCUCAUGCUGCAGAACAAACCUCCCUUUCACAAGAAUCUCUGUCUUCAGCAGUGAACUAUCAACCUGAUGGACCUGUUCCUGUAAGCAAUGGUAGCUUUGCCUUUUAUCCAGCACAGGCUAAUGUUAUUCCCAGACCCCCACAGCCUUACCUCAACAGUCGUGGGUCUGUCAGAGGGUCUGCUAGAGGUGGAAGGUCACUGGCUAAUUCGUACCGCUCCCCUGGUGGUUACAAAGGUUUUGAUGUUUACAGAGGUUCACCUUCAUUAACUAAUGGCAACUAUGGCCAGCUACAGUUUCCUGGUAGAGAUUAUGCUGGAAUGCCGUAUUCUCAGAGGGAUGUUAAUUACCAGCAGUGCUAUAAACGAGGUGGGAUAAGUAGUGGUCCUCGAGCAAAUUCAAGAGCAGGGUGGAGUGACUCUUCCCAGGUGAGCAGCCCAGAACGAGAUAAUGAGACCUUUAACAGUGGGGACUCUGGGCAGGGAGACUCCCGCAGCAUCACCCCUGUGGAUAUGCCAGUGACCAGCCAGGCUGCCACCAUACUCCCGGUGCACGUCUACCCGCUCCCACAGCAGAUGAGGGUCGCCUUCUCUGCAGCUCGAACAUCCAACCUGGCCCCUGGAACUCUAGACCAGCCCAUUGUGUUUGACCUGUUGCUGAACAACCUUGGAGAAACUUUUGAUAUCCAGCUUGGUAGGUUCAACUGUCCGGUGAAUGGUACCUAUGUCUUCAUCUUCCACAUGCUGAAACUGGCUGUAAAUGUCCCUCUGUAUGUGAAUCUCAUGAAGAAUGAAGAGGUCCUUGUGUCAGCAUAUGCAAAUGAUGGGGCUCCUGACCAUGAAACAGCCAGUAACCAUGCAGUCCUGCAGCUGUUCCAGGGAGAUCAGAUCUGGCUACGGCUGCAUCGGGGAGCCAUCUAUGGAAGUAGCUGGAAAUACUCCACCUUUUCGGGAUACCUCCUUUAUCAGGACUAAAAUCCAGUGCAAUGUUUACAAAAGAGCUGCUCCAAACACCUUGGUGAGGGGGGGUGGGACUAGCUUUGCACUUACUACUGACUUUAUAGAGGAUAUGUGGUUCCAUUAUUGGGGGAAAUGGUGGUCCUGUUUUGCAAGGUGAAAUCAUGGAGUUGGGGUACUGAAUCAGCACUAAUUUGGCACUUUAUCAGUUGUGAUGUAGCCUUGCUAAUAAAGCUGUGAAUGUAUAUUGUUUGCACUUACCCUAAACUGUAUUAAUGUCCAGCUUACUACACUAUUGAUUGCCUCAAGUAUGGGCUAUUCACAAUGCCUUGUUGUGCCUCAAUAAAACAAGUUA